ACCGUUCGCUCAACUCGCCACCGAUUGUAUCGAUUCCCAUCGGACCGUUUCGACUGUGUCGCAAGGCGGAAACUUUGGUACUUGGUACACUGCCACUGACUUGCUGCGAGGAAUUCUUUCUGGUGGUUGGACACGUGUGAUCAACCAACUGAGGACUCUUCUCUGGAAUCCUUAGUUUAGGAGCAGUUUCGUGAGGCUGGGAAAAUAGCCCAGGAGAUAAAGUCUUUCACAAGUUUGUGCAAGAGUGCAUCAUCCUCGACCCUUUCUCUUUUGGGAAGGUUUGACGACAACGACGAUACUUUGACAGCCUCGUUGCGUCGUCCACUCCUUACCAACUCUUGAUAUCAGUCUUGCCUGGAGCAACACCUUGAGGUUGGAUACGCAUCUAUCACAAUGCGCAAGUCUGUAGUCGCCGUCACCGCGGGUCUGGCCGCCGUUGCCGACGCUUUCUGGCGUAUGGAGUGCCAGGGACGUGUUGGUCUCGCGCGAAUGGACCCGGUCGUUUACCCCGGUGCGGAUUCGCCUCACAUGCACGCUAUUCACGGAUCGUCAGGCUUUUCCGAAACGUCUGGUACCACCGAGCUUCUCAACGGCAACUGUACAUCAUGUCGUGUGACGCAAGAUAAAUCUGCCUACUGGCACCCAGCCUUGUACUUCCAAGACGCCAAGACUAAGCAAUUCGAGCUGGUUCCUCAAGUCGGUGGUAUGCUUGCAUACUACCUUCUCUAUGGAGACAACAUCAAGGCUUUCCCUACGAAUUUCCGCAUGGUCGCCGGCGACACUAACCGCCGCACCUACACUGCUGGUGAUCCAACUCAGCCUGAUCCGGCAAAGUCUCUCUGGGCUUCACUGGGUCAAACUACCCAAGAAAUCCUGGCUCAGCGUGCCAUCGGCUUCAACUGCCUCAACUACGCCAAGGCUCCCGAGGGCACCUUGUACCGCCACUUCAUGCCCGAUAAGGCGUACCUCGAUGCCAACUGCGCUGAUGGUAUCCGUUUUGAGAUCAUGUUCCCGUCCUGCUGGAAGGGAGGUGAUGCGACUGACAGCCCCAACCACAAGGACCACGUUGCUUUCCCUGACCUUGUCAUGACCGGCAACUGCCCUCCGGGCUAUCCUGAGCGUCUUCCCAGCAUGCUGUUCGAGAUCAUCUGGAACACUAAUGCCUAUGCUGGCCGAGAUGGACAAUUUGUCAUGUCCAAUGGAGACGUUACUGGUUACGCACUCCACGGUGAUUUCAUCAUGGGUUGGGAAGAGGACUUCUUGCAGCAGGCCGUUAACACGUGCACGAACCCCUCUGGUCUCAUUCAGGAUUGCCCCCUUUUCAACAUUGUUGACCAGAGCGUUGCCGAACAGUGCCACCUGGAGGAUAUGCCCGCGCACCUGCGGAGCGAAGCUGGCAACGGCCCCUUCAACCAGCUCCCUGGAGGUGACCAGGUCGGCGGCUCCAGCCCUAGCUCUGGACAUGGUCACGGCAAGCCCAGCGCUACUCCCACCAAGGGCGGUUCUGCUCCUACCUUGCCCUACCAGCCUGGUGUGACUGCGCCCAUGAAAGGCUCUCCUCUCCCCGGACAGGUCUUUAAGGAGGCUGCCACAGAUAACGGAUAUGGCAUGCAGAUUGCUGCUGUUGAGUCUAACAAGCCAUCAGUCACGGGCUCCCCAGCUGGACCGGCUGUUAAUGCCGAGGGCGCGGUCAUCAGCACCCAGUUCAUCACUGUUGGCAACGUUGUCAGCGAAAUUCUUUGGAAGCAGGCAUACGUUACCGUUACUGAGGAGCCUCAGCCCUCAACAACUGUGACUGUUACCGCAACUGGUGCUCGUCCUGCCAAGCACCGACGCAGCGCUCACGGUCACGGCCACGGUCAUGGCCACGGCCAUGUACAGGGACAGGGACAGCUCUAGAUUUGUGGCAGAAGAUAGAUUACGCUGAUAUCCUCCUUUUUCGUCAUUUUUGAAAGAUUUUCUUGUGAAUCUGGACAGGAUCCAGAUAGUUAGGGGCUUUAGUGUGGCAUGAUUGAAUCAACAUUUGGCUGCUGGCUUUGUUCAUAGGGUAAAAAAGAUGUUUAUCCAGUCUUUGGCAUCAAAAG